AUGAACCGUUCUAUUGAGAAGAAGGUAUUGCGCCUUCUCCACGGCCACAAGACAUGGAAUUCCCUCCGCCAAAUCCACGCUCAUUUCGUCCGCCAUGGUCUCGACCAGUGCAACCAAGUUCUAUCUCAUUUCGUCUCCGUUUGUGGGUCGCUCAACAAGAUGCAGUACGCCGAUCGUCUCUUUGACCAAACCCACAACCCCAAUAUCUUUCUCUUCAACGCCAUGAUAAAAGGGUACUCUGUUUCUGGACCUUUCGAAGAGUCUCUGUUCUUGUUCUCGUGGAUGAAAAGCUGUGCCAUUUGGGCCGACGAGUACACUUUCGCGCCUUUGCUGAAAGCCUGUUCGAGUAAUGGUGACCUCAAACUCGGCCAGUGCGUUCAGAAGGAGGUUUUUGCUCGUGGGUUCGACGGUUUUAGCUCUGUGAAGAUUGGGGUCGUGGAGCUCUACACAAUGUGUGGAGCAAUGGAAGAUGCACAUAAGGUGUUCGACGAAAUGACUGAUAGGGAAGCGAUCAUAUGGAAUUUAAUGAUUCGUGGGUAUUGUAAGAGGGGGAACGUGGACAGAGGGAUGUACUUGUUUAGGAACAUGACUGAAAGGACAGUCGUUUCAUGGAACAUCAUGAUUUCGGGGUUGGCACAAAGUGGUCGAGAUGGAGAGGCUCUAGCCCUUUUCCGAGAAAUGCAGGAUCAAGAGGGAGUCAAACCUGAUGAGGCAAGCUUAGUUACAGUCCUGCCGAUAUGUGCCCGUUUGGGAGCUCUUGACGUCGGCAAGUGGAUUCAUUCUUACGCUGAAUACACGGGCAUCUAUCUUAACUCUAUCCCUGUAGGCAAUGCUCUAGUAGACUUCUACAGCAAAUGUGGCAAUCUGGAUACGGCAAUGAGGAUAUUCAACCAGAUGCUUAAGAAGAAUGUGGUUUCUUGGAAUGCAAUGAUCUCUGGUCUGGCCUUGAAUGGCAAAGGCGAACUUGGCUCAGAUUUGUUUUAUGAAAUGACGAGCCAAGUAUUUUGCCCCAACGACUCGACAUUUGUUGGGGUUUUAUCGUGCUGUGCUCAUGCGGGUUUGGUGGAAAAGGGCAGAGCUUUCUUCUCGUCGAUGGUAGCAGAUUACCAAAUUGAGCCGAAACUCGAGCACUAUGGGUGCAUGGUUGAUCUACUAGGGCGUAGUGGGCGUGUAAGGGAAGCGUAUGAUAUUAUCAGAAGCAUGGCACCCCACCAGAGGCCAACUGCUGCUCCACUGUGGGGUGCCUUGCUCGGGGCUUGUAGGAAUCAUGGUGAGAUGAGGAUUGCUGAGCUUGUGGUGAAGGAAAUCAUCGAGAUUGAGCCGUGGAAUUCUGGCAAUUAUGUGCUGUUGUCCAAUAUAUAUGCCGAGGAAGAGAGGUGGGAUGAAGUUGAGAAGGUGAGGGAGAUGAUGAGGGAGAGAAGUGUUCGGAAAUCAUCUGGGUUAAGCGCCAUUGGAUGGAUGAAUGAAUGA